AAUACGUGACUAUUUUGGCUUCAGGACUGUCGCCAAAGGCCCCGGCUCUUCUUGGAAUUUCGUGGAAGAUUUACAAGCGAGUACAAUGGGAUGGUUGUCUGUCGCGUCGAAAUUGAAUCAUCAGCUUCGGUGAUCCGCCUGAAGACGGCUUCGAAGAGCGGCCAACGUAGCGGAGCUGACCACCGAUCUACGAUGAGUAGACGGUAUCAUCGAACAAUGUCAUCGGAUUCUUGCGAAUGUGAUGACGAAGAAGAUUACACGACUAGUUCAUCAACCACAACGGGCGCUUUUGAUGGACACUCGCACGUAUUCCAAGCCACUCACAGUCGUCAAGCUUUUACCCCGAGGCCGAAUCGAGCCAACGUUAACGUUACCGAAGGCUACUCGCAGCCGCAGAAUAAAUCUAGAGGGCGAGGUCUUCUUUUACAAAAUUGUAACAAGAAAGCUCCGCAGACCAUCUCCCGCAACACGAUGCCAGAAAUUGCCGAAAUGGGCAAUAUCAAAGUCACCUUACCGAAUAACAGCGGUCGAGCGCGAGUUGUAAAUUUUCUAUUACGUUGAAAAAUCGUACCUACCGUUUUAUAAGUAGUAGUUGAGUUCGUUAUGUUUUGUAAAGCCAUGUUUUUACAAGUUUUUCAUUCGUUCGACUCGAUCAUGUAUUUAUUAUAGUUUUAUCAUUAAACUCGAUAGCGUAGGUAAUUUAUUAUUACUAGGUAGA